AUGUUCUACAGUCUAAAAACUCGAAGGAAGACCGCAGUAAAAGCUGAACCUCAGCCAUCAUCAUCAUCAUCACAGUUGGUGAACCGUUCUUGUCGUUUGACGAGCAAGAAGUCUCUUGAUGGAGAAAUGGACCACGAAAAUGUUGCUCAAGAAGCUAAGACUAACAAUGUCAAGUUUGAAAAAACUCCUGCAACACGGAGCACACGGAAAGCUCUAGGAAGUUCUUGUAGCAGCAAAUUUCAGGAGAGUAAGAAGAAUGAAUUGAUUCGGUCGGUGUACAGCACACGGAGAUCAACCAGGCUAUUAGAGAAAUGUAUGGCUGACCUGAGUUUGAAGACUACAGAAAACUUGGAUAAACCUGAGAAGAAUUAA